UUCAGCCGAACUGUGUUGUUACAAACCGGUGUUCACUGUAUUUACCCGUGUGUACUCUUUCUAAAUAGCAAUAAAACGUCAAACGUCCGAUUGAAAUACAUAAAAAAAAAUCGGGGUCAACGAGUGGAAUUUUUCAUAAUUUAUUUACAUUUUUUUACCCAUUAUUUACUGAAUUAAUUGGUGGACUUGGGCUUGACGUUGAGUUGUUGUAUUGCGAGAAUAAACUGAUCGUUGAGAUUUGAUUUAUGGAGAUGGUUCGUUCCAACGCGCUCAAUAAGUAGAGAAGAGAAGAGUACCACGAUGGUACUUACUGUAACUGAGGACACGCCAGCAGACAUGCUCACUGGGAGCAUGGAGCUAUUGGUCCAAUUACCAAGGGACCAUCAUGUUCACUCGCAGAGAGUCACGGUCGAACGAAGUACAGCAAUGAUGGAUCUACUGGUGCAAAUAGCGACGGCUCACAAAUUGGCAGCCUCGAGUUACACCCUACAAGCUAUAGGCGAGCGCGGAGUUGUUCUGCCCCAUCAGCCAAACACUCCCAUUGGAGCGCUGGAUGCUCUCCAGGUAAAAUUGCUACCGAAACAGGGUACAUUUAUCCCACGUAAAGCGAAACAGCCGAAUCAACCGUUCGAAACGACUUUCAGAUUGCAGGUGCACUUGCCGAGGAAUCAGCUUUAUGUGUCACGAGUCAGUCCAAAGAUGAAUCUUGGAGAGAUCAUUGAGGAGGUGUGCAGAGAGAAGAAUCUGGAUAGGAAUAAAUAUGAGCUUCGACAUCCAGGCAAUCACGAAGAGGUACUAGAUCUAUCUCUAUCCCUCCAAGAUUACCACCUCCAAGAGGUGACAUUAUACGCUAAGCAGGGACAAAGCCUGGGAUCGGCAUUGAGUUCCCAGGACAUAAUGGCCCUUCAACGCCAAGAGGAGAGACGUCGUCAACAAGCAAAACAAAGUGUCUUUGGUUUUAUGUUCAGAAAAUCCAAAGAGUCGUCAUUGAGUACAGACAGCCUCGGUGGAAGGUCUGUAUCUCCAGCUCACAGUGAUGAGACCGGUCGGUCUGUGAGUCCAUUGGCACCACCAACCAGGCCGCAACGUAAACGCCGACCGGCGCCAAAUCCACCAGUAAACAAAACCACAAAUAACAAUAAUGACGGUACUAAGGAUGAGAACAAAGAGAAACUCGUUAUUAGUCACAGUCGUAACAGCAGCGACAGCUCUGGUUAUCAUGAGGCAUCUGUACUCAGUGAUAAUCCGGAUUCAGCGGGGAGAAUGCCAGAGACACUGCCAAGGCGUAGCAAACCACCUGGUAAAUUUGAAACACGCAAACUUGCACACACAUCACAGGCUAGCAAAAGUCUCAGCAAUCUUGCUGUGACCUCAGCAAGUUUAAGUCACGCAACUAGCAAUACAUCACUCAGCUCAACUGGUAUUCGUAAGAAACGCGCAGCGCCACCACCCCCAAUGAGUCGUCCCCUGUCCUCAGCGAUAUCCAUUCAAGCGUUAGAGCGAAUAGUGGACUCUGAGGAGUCCCUGACAUCAGAUAUGGGCAUAUCAAAGCCACCAUCGGACAUCGGUAGCAAUUCAAAAGCAAAUUCAGACAUUGCUGUUGGCAGUCACACACCCGAGCCAAUCUCCAAAGAUUUCUAUCACAAAACCGAAACAGAGAGCAAGAAAGUUGUGUCGGAGGAGAAGGAGAAGACGACUGAUAUGUCUGAGAGUAGAAAGUCCCACAUUUCCGAGCAAGUUGAUGCGCCUGAACACAUUGUAGAACCUGCUAGAGUAGCCAAAAGAGUUGAUGCGUCACGACCUAUUCCCAAACCUCGUAAAGUGCCUCCAAAAGUACCAGAGCGUAGAGUUUAUUCUGUCGAGUCAUCAGUAUCAACCGACAAAGUAGAUAGUUCCCUAGAGUGCACGCCCCCCGGAGCAGUUCAUCCCGAUGUCGAUGAUAAGAUCGAGAAGCAAAUGAAUGCCGACACUCUUCCAAACAAACGAAAUGAUAAUCCGGAAAGAAGAGCGUCUGAAGAAGACGUCAAUACCGCGGAAUUGAUAAUUGACGCGGACGAUUCGGGAUCAUCUCCGAGGGGGGAUGAUCAUUUUGAGGAGAAAGUGCCAGAAAAUUCCGCGGAGAAUGUCGGAGAAGACGCCAGAUCUGUCGUGCGGACGCCGGAUCCAUCAGACGAACAAAAACGGUCGGAAAAUUCUGGCGCAGAAGUGGAUAACGAAGAGACAGCCCUCAAGGUCUUGGAGGAAUCUCUGAAGGGGGAAGCUGAUACUGACCCUGAGGAGGAUUGUCCGUCCGAUGGCAACAGUUCCCCGGCUUCCAGACGUUCUUGCACGGUGAUAUCGACAAUUCCAAAGUGCUGUCACCUAAAAUCCCCAGAGAUAUCGCCAAAGAGAGGGGAAAUGCCCCCCAGAGAUCACUCGGGACUGAAGAAUCAGGAGGAUUCGUCGUCUCCAGGUGCAGCUGAUGAGUUGGGGGAGAGAGUGAGGAGAAAAACGAACAAAUCCAAAGUAUUCAGGAGUCAGUCCUCAUUUGGUGACUUUAACACUACUAAAGUAUUCGAGAAGAAUAGCAGACCGAAUAAUUCACACCCAGAUAAUUUCAAUUGCGCACUGAAUCCCAAUUUCACGGCUGGCAUUGUCGGUGGGAGUAACGAGGAAAAUGGAAAAGUGGAGGGAGGUGUGGGGAAAAUCGGAGGGAGUCACAUGCCCAAGUUGGAACAAUAUCCGGCGUUUAUCACUCAUGGAACUAAUCGCGGAUCGCGAGGGGAUUUGGGAAGGCUUGGAGGACAGCACGACGUGGGCAUGGGGAAAGCAGAUAAAGAAGAUCAGCCAUCAGACACCGACAUUCUCCUGCAGCGAGUCUCCACGACCCUGGCCACAGUGCUCCCCUCGUCCCCCCAGGACGCCCCCGCCCCCCACAGCCCCCCGGAAAUACCGAAAACCGACCCGGAACCCCCGACCUCGCCGAACCAAACCCUGAACUCGCAACACGACACAUCGGACUACGUCUCAGCCUCCGGGGAGGACCUCUCAGGAACCGACUGGGAGUACCAGCUGCCAGACCCCCCCUCAGCCUUCCGAGACUCGUCAUCCCCCGCCCCCAGUGGCUACGAGACCAUAACCCUGGGCUCAGUGGAGGCCUUCAAGGAGCCAAUAGCCAUUAUCGACCCCCCAACGACCCUGGAGCCCCCUCCCUCCAGCCCCUGAGAAGCCCCGAAAAGCCUCCCCCCCAUCAUCAAGACCCCCCCUCGGCCCUCAACUCUCCCAGGAGAGUCGUCACAACGACAUCUCCCUGGACCUGAAGAAAGACAUCAUCUCAGAACUGGAAACAAAGAUCGAGAGUGGUCUGAUGGCCCUGAAAAUCCCCGAAGAUUCGAAGAAAAUUGUAAAUAAAUCGAGUCCUCGACUGGCCCCAGUGGACAACACCCUCUCCAACUUCACGAUCACGACGUAUUCGAACCAGAAGAGCCCCAACAUCUACGAGAGCCCAGAGGACAGUGACAAGGUCUUCCCCGAGGCCUCUGAGGAGAGAAUCGUGAAGACGUUUGCGACCCUCUCACGUAAUCGAUCGCUCUUCAAUAAAGAACCUGUUGCUGUCAGUUCUAAAACUGAUAAAAAUGUGGGGAUCGAGAGCAGGGGGAUGAUGAGAGCGCAGAGUGUCCAAGAAAUGGACUCGAAGGAGGACGAGGUGAAGCUCCCAAGUCUGAAGGCAGUCGAGAGAUCCAGCGUGACCCUCAGACCGAGAGACGAGAAAUCAUCGGUGCACAGGUCCAAGAGCUACAUCGUCCUGUCGAAUAAUUCCAAGUACAGAGAUGAGAAGAAACCGGUUGAUGUUGUUGACAAUAUGUUCAAGUCCACGAGCUACACGAAUUUAAAUCAGGACGACGAGUUGCAGUCUGUUCAGGUCCUCAAGAGCAUUCUCCCACAUCUGAAGAAGUCGACUCUUCCGGAGGAGAAAAUUGAGAGGAGUUCUGAGAAGCCUGAUGAGUCUAGACGAUACAAAUGGGCUGGACCACCUGCGAUAUCCCUGGGGAGCUGGUCGGAGCGACCUUCCAUCAAUGUUCAGAUCAAGCAUGACACGGAUUACAAAUUCGGGAGGAGUAAUCAGACUGGGGGAAAGACUGUCGUCAAUCUUAAUUCCAGUGGCAAUGGGGUGGAGGUAAACUACGAGAGGGCCACGAAGAUUUUACCAAAGAAAUCGUUUGCUCAUGAUAAGUUAAACUUCACGAAUAAUGAGGUGGAAGUACUUUCGAAGAAGGAGGUACAGGAGGUCAAGGGUAAUUGCAACGAGAGAACGAACAUCUUCCAGGAGAAUUUAUCGAAGAAUCUGGGGAAGCGAGUCUUUUCGAAUGGAAAAAUCGAGGAAAGUCCGGGUGUCAAGGAGUCGUCGAAGGGGAUUCGUAAUGAUGAAGAUGUUAAAAUCGAUACGAGACCGGUGAACUUCAAGGAAUUGACUCAGGCUUUUGGGCAGGUGAAUCUUCGAAGCAGAUCGAAGUUCAGUCAGAACGCCCAGAAUCGUCAUUCAGACUAUUUCGAUUCUCGUCAGGAGAUUGAUUUCAAGGAGCCAGUGAAGACCAGUGACUGGCCCAAGGUCAAACGAUACACAUCGGUCAUUGGGAUCAACCCCCAGAUGAAUUCUAAUGGAUUCAAGAACGAGAUCAUGAAGAUGAAUGUUUCAUCAAAGGGGAAUGGGCUCAUGCCAGUUGUCAAGGGGUUUAAGAUGCAGAAGGACUUCCAGAGUGAAUUGAAUUCACAUAAUUCGGUGGAGAAAUUUACGGUGCCUCCACCACCUACUAUGCCAGUAAUAACGGGGGUCACGUUGAAGAGCUCCAAGCCCAGGCCCAAGUCGACGAAUAUCUGUCAAGAGCCCAGGGAUCAACUCUUCGAGUCCAUCAGAAAUUUUGGGAGGGAGAAGCUGAGAAGUGUCAGCAGUGUCUCUUAAGAAUUCUUGUUCCAGUUUGUUUUCUUGUUCUUCUGGGGUUUCCUGCUUUGGAAAUCGCGAGGAAGCUUCUUAUUUUAGUUUGAGAUGUUUGAGGAUUCUUCUAUUUGGGAGAUUGUUGGUUUUUCCAUUCGUGUUUGAUGGCAGUGAGGCAGAUGUUGCAGAAAUUUGUUUAGGAAAAUUAGGUUUUUGGCGGAAAUAGUGGAGAAGAAAUUAACACUUUUGGCUUUUUUGCAAUUAUUGUUCAUAAAACAACAUGACCUAGAUUCAUUAUGAUUUAUUAUGAGUCUAGAGCCGUUACGAAGUGAAAAUAGUUAAAUUUAAAAAAAGUCAAAAGUUUCCACUGAUUGAAUGUAACACUUCUCACUCGAUUUUUAUGCACUUGGGCUCAGUUUAUUCGCUAAAAUAUUCUCCAUCAAUUUCGAACGAUUUUUUUAAUGAGGAAAAAGUAUAGCUAUUCGUUCAAUAGUUCGUUAGUUUUUUCACGUGAAAGUUCUUCCGUAAAAAUAGAGCCACAAAGAAAUGAAAAAAAUCAUUCAUUAAUUCAAUAGAGAAUGUUUCGACAUAAAAAAUGAUCCCAAUUACAUUGAAAUCGGAUAGAAAGUGUGACUGGAAUGGAGUUCUAUGGAGAGAAUUCUUGAUAGUUUUCUUCAAUGAACUGCAGUGAAGAUUCGUUAAAUCCAUAAAUUUCGUCGUUGCUGCAUUCAACUGAAUUCCACCGUCAACUGGAAUUUGCAGAUUUUUGUGGUGAAAAAAAAUCAAAACUGUAAUUUUCUGAGAUUUAUUUCAUUGCAGACUGCCUCACCUGGAUGUUGUUAAUGCUUGAUGAUGGAGAUUGAUGAGAAAAUCGAAAAAAAAAGGGAUUAUACAAGUGCAUAUUCCAAGAUGACCUGAGAUUGAUGGUUGAAACCAGUGGGAUUCGAAAGCUACGGAGGUUUUUUUGUGAAAAAUAUCUCACGCGACUUUUUCUUUCUUCAAUAAUCGAGAAGAAAUGACAAGAUGUUCUGCAGGCUCCAGUGGCUUCAGAGUUUUCUAAUUCCGUAUCGAGAUGUUGGAGGAAAAAAUGAUGAAUUCAUUCUCAAUUCAUCAGUAUCUCACGAUAUCCGAGAAUAUCGAACCGAUUUUUCUCAUUUAUCUUCAUUCGGCAUAAUUGCUAAACCAGAAUUUCAUUGAUGUUUCCAGUUUCUGAAGUGUAAAUACUUAUUUUGUUACGAGAAUAUUCGGAGGUGCUACAACAAGGAAAUUAAUCAUUAACAAUCCUAGGGUUCAAUCAUCAAAUCCACAUUUUUGAUCGGAUUAAUUCAGUUUAAUUCUCACUUGUAAAAUUGAGGAAAUCGUGAAUCCCAUCAAACAAAACAAUUGAUUUAUAAAACUUAAUUAAUUCCUUUUGUUCAUGAAUUGAAGCAAUUGAAAUUGAUGAGCUUCAGUGGAUUUAUAAUUACCCUCCGGAAAAUCCACGAAAAUUCAUUGAAGACGUUUUUUGUCAGUCUAUUCUAUAAAAAAAUGAAGAACAAUUCUAUCUGUUCAAUUCUAAUUUAUAAAAAACUGAAUUAAUUAUUCUUGUUCAUGAAUUAAUCCUGUUAAUUGAUAACCAACUCAAUGGCUUUAGUUUCAUUCAAUUCAAAUUGAUGAGCUUCAGUGAAUUUACAAUUACCCCUCGGAAGACCCACGAAAAAUCGUUAAAGACGUUUUUUGUUAGUCCUUUGUAUAAAAACAAUUAUUUAGUUUUAUGUCUAGUAUACAGUAUUCGUAAUUGCUCACUUGCAGGCUAAUGCUUACCCCAAGUUAAUUGGUUUUUAUUCAUGUGAAAUUCCGUUUGAUCCUUUGGUUACAGUUUUUUUACGUUACAUAAAUACCAAAGUUGGUACAAACGGAUAGAUAAUUAAUCAAUUAAUGAAUUAACCAUUGAGAAUGAUGAGGAAUUGUGUAGAAGAACGGGACCAAAGGUUUACUAUUAAUUAAUGAAUAGUUAUUUUAUAUUAAUUACAACGUUAACUUAAGGAAAUCAGAGUUAAGUGAGAGUAAGUUUUUUAGGAUGAAUUAAAUAUUAUGGAGGAAAGAGAAAUAGUGCCUUGUAAAAAUGCUGGUCAGUCGAGUGAUAUCAAAACUAAAGAUGUAAUAAAAUUACGAAAAUCGAAGUGUUAAGAAAUUUAUUGAAAUUAGUCGAGUGAAUGGACGAUUGAGGUUAAUUGCGAAAGUAGAGUUAUUAGGGUUCAUUAUUCGAUUGUUAAUUGAUUCGAUCAGUUCAGGGGGAUUUAUUGGAGAAUAUUUUCUUCAAGGAAUGUACAUAAUGUUAUUUUAAGGCAGUCUAUGCUGUUAGCACCAAUGUUCAUUGAGUUUAAUACUUUCGAGCGUAUUUACAUCGAGUUAGGGUCCAAUGGAUGUGUAUAAUCUAUGUAUUUAUUUGUUUCAAUGUGUAUUAAAAUUAUUCGAUAAUUAUU